UCACAUUCCCAAAGUAUAACGGGAGAACAACCAUUAAUAAGAGUCAAAAGGGUACGCACAAUUCUCCGUAGUAAUUGGAGAGGUUCCAAACUCGAUGGAGGAGCUAUUAAUAGAGUCCACCUUUCCACGGCAAUCCAUCUCCAUGCAAUGCAUGCUGCAUGUAGAUGGAUCACAGAAAUGGAAGGCAGUCCUUCUAUCUCUCUACCGACAGCUCAAAGUCCAGUGAAACCCUGGGAAGGACUCCGUCAACCUCACCUGGGUCACCGCCUUCACGCCCUCCUAUUCUUAGUCGUUGACCACCACCACCGCCACCGACCCCGCCACACCUCAAAACCUUGCCAUCAAAUCCCAUCAUCAGCCCUGCCACCUCCUGCUCCUCGGCCCACACCAUCCGCCGCGGCAAGCAUGCCAUCCCAUCCCAUGCGCCCCCUGCCCCUCGGCCUGUAACACCAGCCACGACGGACGGCGGGUGAGCAGCAUGGCCGGUCGGCGGUUCCCACCGCUCUUCAUGGCCCUACUCUUCGUUGUCGUCGCCGCCGCAGCCGCCUCCUUCGGCGUCGCGAGCUCGUCUGACGCCGAAGUGCUUCUCGGCUUCAAGGCCACCAUAUCUGAUCCCUCCGGCGCCCUCAAGAGCUGGGUCGCGAGCUCCGACCCAUGCAACAAGAACGUCUCGAAUUGGGCUGGCAUCAUCUGCGACAACGACGGCCACGUGUCGGGGCUGCGGCUCGAGGACAUGAGCCUCGCCGGCUCACUGGCCCAACUCAGCCUCCUCAAGGGCUUGCCGGGGAUUCGCACCCUUAGCUUCUUGAGGAACGACUUGGAGGGGCCGAUGCCGGAGGUCGGGAAGAUGGAGAGCCUGCGGGCGAUAUUCUUGUCGGAGAACAAGUUCUCCGGUCAGAUCCCGGACAACGCCUUCGCCGGCAUGAGCUGGCUCAAGAAGCUCCAUCUCUCCCACAACGGGUUCUCGGGCUCGAUCCCGACGUCCAUCGCCGCGUUGCCCAAGCUUCUCGAGCUGAGGCUGGACGACAACAGGUUCAGUGGCACCAUUCCCGACCUCCGGUUGACGACGGCGAAGCUGGUGAACGUGUCGAACAAUUACCUGGAGGGGCGAAUUCCCGAUAGCCUCGAGAUGAUGAACGCAAACAUGUUUGCAGGCAACAAGGCCCUCUGUGGGGAUCCUCUUCAAGUUCCAUGCCAAUCUUCGUCGUCCUCAUCCCAAAGUUCAACGACCCAGCAACCCAUGGUCAUCGCGGCCGUGGCCAUCUUCGUGCUCGUGGGGAUCUUCGCGGUGGCGUUCCUCAUGCCCCGCCAUCGCCAAGUCCAGGACGAGCAAGUUGCACAGCUUCAGGCACCGAAGAACCCGGAGUCGGCACCGACCAAGGAAAAGAAGCUAGAGGAAGGGGCGGCAGGGUACGACGGCAGCAGCAACGGGAGGAAGGCGCCGAAGGAGCACGAGCAAGGGAGACUAAUCUUUGUGCGGGCAGGCAGGGAGAGGUUCGAGCUGCAGGACCUGCUCAAGUCUUCAGCUGAGAUCCUCGGGAGCGGCAAGUUUGGGUGCUCCUACAAGGCCUCCCUGACGAAUGGCCCAUCCAUGGUGGUGAAGAGGUUCAGGGACAUGAACAGGGUGGGGAAGGAGGACUUCGAAGAGCACAUGAGAAGGCUUGGGAGGUUGUCCCACUCCAACUUGCUCCCAUUGGUGGCUUAUUAUUACAGGAAGGAUGAGAAGUUGAUGGUCACAGACUAUGUCCCCAAGAGAAGUCUGGCCAAUGCACUCCAUGGUUUUCGUGCCGCGAACAUUGCAGCACUUGAUUGGCCCACUCGCCUGAAGAUAGUGAGAGGAAUAGCGAAGGGACUAAAUUACCUCUAUGAAGAGUUGCAGAUGCUAAGUGUUCCCCAUGGCCAUCUGAAGUCCUCCAAUGUGCUUCUAAGUGACUCUUUCGAACCACUCCUGACCGACUACGCCCUCGUGCCAGUGAUGAACCAGGCUCAUGCUGCACAGUCAAUGGUGGCGCACAAGGCACCCGAGUGCAAGCAGCAUGGAAAAACAUCAAAGAAAAGCGACAUAUGGAGCUUCGGAAUUUUGAUUUUAGAGAUCUUGACAGGUAAGAUUUCUAUCAUUGAUUCACCGCAGGAGAAGGGAGGUGUCGAUUUGGCAGGCUGGGUGAACUCUGUCGAUCGAGAAGAAUGGGCCAGCAAGGUGUUCGAUUGCGAGAUGAAGGCAACAAAGAAGAACGAGGGAGAGAUGUUGAAGUUGUUGCAGAUUGGAUUGGCCUGUUGCGAAGAAAAUGUUGAGAAGAGGUACGAGUUGGAAACAGCUCUCGACAGGAUCGAAGAGCUGAAAGAGGAGGGAGACGAAGACAGCUCAAACAUUCCUACGGAGGGAGGGGCGAAGACUGGGGAUGAUCUUUCAAUUGUUGAUAUGAACUGACAACCCCAGAGGGAAUGUUCAGUGAGAGACUGAUUUGAGCUUGCUCAUCAUGUAACAUAAAAAAAAAAGGUUUUAACGAUGAGGUAAUUCACAUUUUUGGUGGCGCCUGGCUUUCUUCUCUAACAGUGUGGAGAGUUACAGGUGCUAGGAUCAUGACAGAAUCAUGUUCUAGGGUCCAAA